AUGUGGCGCACACCAGUCUUGAAGACGCUAGCUCUAGAGGAGCCUAUCCAGGUAGUCGUGGUCGCGGAAAUAGGUUUAAUAGAGGACAUGAACGAGGUUCGUGGAAACAUGCUCAAUAGAGGAUAUGGACAUGGCCGUGGAAGAUCCACAUCUGGCAAUCGUCCCACCUGUAAAUUGUGUGGGAAGUAUGGCCACUUUGUACCAACUUGCUGGAAUAGGUUUGAUGAGAAUUUUAUGCUGCAUGAAAGCACCAACAGUCAAUCCAAUACUGGAGACAACUUUAAUCAGAAGCAAGAAAGCACCUCAGAUUCUGCAAAAAGCUCGCAAGCAAUGGUUAUGAUGACAACCACUCAAGAGCACUCUCUCCCUUCAGAGCUUGAAUCCCAAUUCUGGUUUGCAGAUUCAUGUGCCUCACAUCAUCUAACUCCCUAUGCUCAUCUUUUACACACAAAACUGUCGUAUGUAGAACCUAACAAAGUUUGUGUUAGAAAUGGACAAAAUCUUACUAUUCAGUCUAUUAGAUCUAUUCACUUCUAUCCUAGGGCUAAUCCUAAUUAUAAAUUAAUUCUUACCAAUGUUCUCCAUGUGCCUUCCAUUACUAAAAAUAUAUUGUCAGUUUCCAAAUUUUCUAGUGACAACAAUGUUAUGUUUGAAUUUUUCUCUAACAAGUGUUGUAUUAUAUCACAGGCUUCUAAAAAAGUGAUUGUUGAAGAAGUCCUUGAUAAGUAUGGCCUAUAA